AUGCUCCUCAAAGCCGCUCCCGCCCUCGAGCACCAGGACAUUGUCCUUCGCAACCACAAUGGCACGGCAGUCACUGGUGACACAUUGGGCCAAGGCAGGAUGGAUGAGCAACAACCUAGCGUUGAGUCACCGAUUCCCAGUCAUCCUCUGGGAGUCAAGCCCCUGGGGAACCAGUAUCUAUCGUCCGCUGUCAACGCGCGAGGCUCGAUAGGGCGCCUCCAGGUCUUGCCGGACGAGGUGCUGGCCCAACUGUUCGAAUAUUUCGGACAGCAGUCUCUGCGCACACUAGGCUACACCUGCAGGUUUCUUUUUGCUUUCUGCCAUGCUGACGAUCUCUGGAAGACUCUAUUCCUGGAGUCUCAUGAAGAGAAAAGGCGUCCUUUCCAGUGGAAAGGGACAUGGAGAUCAACCUUGCUUGAACUGUCAUCAGACCAGGAGGCCAAGAUUGAUUGUCGAACUGUCUUCUCUGAUGUCCUGCACCGGCCAUUUGUUUGCAGCAAAGUGGCUCUGGGCCGUUUCUGCUCCAGGAUCCCCGGCUCGAAUGAGAUCCAACGGAUUUCGAACAUGAAAUACGAAGAGUUUGCGGAUAAGUGGAGUGAUACGCCCUUCAUUCUGACAGAUUGCAUUCGUUCGUGGCCCGCCUGCAAAGAAUGGAAUAUCAAUCAGCUAUCGAGGAUGUACACAGAUGUGGAAUUCCGCGCAGAAGCAGUGGACUGGCCCUUCUCGACAUAUUGUCAGUACAUGUCGAACAACCAAGAUGAGAGCCCCCUCUAUCUAUUCGACAAGAAGUUUGCCGAGAAGAUGGAUGUCACAAUCGGAAAAGUCGAGGGAGCAGCAUAUUGGAAACCGGACUGCUUUGGUCCAGACCUCUUCGAAGUGCUGGAUUCGGAAAGACCAGCACACAGGUGGUUGAUUGUAGGGCCCGCAAGGUCCGGCUCAACUUUUCACAAAGACCCAAACGGGACAUCGGCGUGGAAUGCGGUGCUUCAAGGAGCAAAAUAUUGGAUCAUGUUUCCGCCUUCCACGGACGUGCCUGGUGUUUUCGUCUCGGCCGAUCAAAGUGAAGUCACAAGCCCUCUGAGCAUCGCGGAGUGGCUUCUAGAGUUCCACGAAGAAGCCCGAAAGCUACCAAACUGCAUCGAAGGCAUCUGUAAGGAAGGCGAGAUCCUCCACGUGCCGAGCGGAUGGUGGCAUCUGGUCGUGAAUCUUGAGAGUGGGAUUGCGCUCACACAGAACUUUGUACCUAAAUCACAUUUGGCUGUCGUCCUCGAGUUUCUGAGGGACAAGCCGGACCAGGUGACGGGGUUCAAGAGGGAUGUCGCCGAUCCCUAUAGCCUGUUUGUGGACCGUCUCAGGGUACAAUUUCCAGAGCUCUUGGAUGCAGCCUUGGUCGACAUGGAACAGAGGCACAGCAAGAAGAAGAGGAAGUGGGACGAGGCCAUUGCUGUUGAAGAGACAGAGCAGACAUCGGGGGCUGGAGGAUUCAGCUUCGGGUUUGGGUUUGGCGGGGACGAGGAGGAAAUACCAUGA